GGUGACAUUGAAUCAUUAAGUAUGCUUUCUUGGCUCAUGUUCAUCAAUUUACUGCCUAGAAGGUUAGGGUUGGCAUAUGCUUAAUAUGCCUAUCUUAUCCGAUAUUCAGGCACUCGACAUGGAUAUAUCUUCCCCAUGCCCAUCUAUAUCCUUGAACUGGCAUGUUCAUGUAUGUAUGGACGGCGAUCAAAAAGAGAUAACACGGUACAUCUCUGGGUGGUGAAGUUGGUUAUGAAGGGGUGAAGGCUUUUGAUAUGCGGAGAAAUACUCCCGUGAUCGUCAUCCGAUGGGCACCUUUCCUCCGUGUGGGGGAUCUUCACCAAUACUUUCCUUCUACGUUGUGCUGCAUUGGUCCGGUCUCACAGCAUUCCAGCUGGCAGGAAGUACCUCCGGGCGUUCUGGCCCUCCUCUGAUUUGCUUGUUAAUGGUGCUUUGACCAGCAGGGGGCCAUCGUGUACUGGUUUGUUUGUAUACAGCUCCACGAUUCUACAUGAUGUUUAGAUGAAAUCGUAUGUACUCCACUUUCGACGAAGGACUCUAUUGGACCAUUCCCUACUCUAUAAACAUCAUUGACGCAAGGUGUUCGACAUUUUAAUUAAUGAAGCCGGUUAUUUAUACUAUUUAUCCUUUCAACCCUACUUAUAAUCGUGCAAUUGCCCCCCGAAACAUGCGAAAUCUGCUGUAAGCUCUCACUGGGGUUCUUCUGCAGCACGACACCAUGAAGCUCCUCUCUGUUGCUGCUGUUGCCUUGCUGGCGGCACAAGCAGCGGGUGCUUCCAUCAAGCAUCGUCUCAAUGGUUUCACGAUCCUGGAACAUCCGGAUCCGGCGAAACGAGACUUGUUGCAGGACAUUGUUACAUGGGAUGACAAAUCUCUGUUCAUAAAUGGAGAAAGGAUUAUGUUAUUCAGCGGAGAAGUGCAUCCAUUCAGAUUACCAGUACCAUCGCUUUGGCUCGAUAUUUUCCAGAAGAUCAGGGCUCUCGGUUUCAAUUGUGUAUCUUUCUAUAUUGAUUGGGCCCUCCUGGAGGGAAAGCCUGGCGAAUACAAAGCAGAGGGCAUCUUUGCUCUGGAACCCUUCUUUGAUGCAGCCAAGGAGGCAGGCAUUUAUCUGAUCGCCCGCCCCGGUCCAUACAUCAAUGCUGAGUCCUCAGGUGGUGGUUUUCCUGGAUGGCUGCAGAGGGUCAAUGGCACUCUGCGCUCGUCUGAUAAGCCAUUCCUUGAAGCUACUGAUAACUAUAUCGCCAAUGUCGCUGCUACCAUCGCAAAGGCUCAAAUCACGAAUGGAGGGCCAGUGAUUCUCUACCAGCCCGAAAACGAAUACAGCGGUGGCUGCUGCGGUGUCACUUACCCUGAUGGAGACUAUAUGCAAUAUGUUAUGGACCAGGCUCGGAACGCUGAUAUUGUUGUACCCCUCAUCAGCAACGAUGCCUCGCCUUCUGGGCACAAUGCUCCUGGGACCGGGGUGGGAGCUGUUGAUAUUUAUGGUCACGAUAGUUAUCCGCUCGGCUUUGAUUGUGCAAACCCCUCUGUAUGGCCCGAGGGCAAACUGCCCGAGAAUUUCCGCCAGCUCCAUCUCGAACAGAGCCCAUCAACUCCGUACUCACUUCUUGAGUUCCAAGCGGGUGCUUUCGACCCAUGGGGUGGACCCGGCUUUGAAAAUUGCUAUGCUCUCGUUAAUCACGAAUUUUCGAGAGUCUUUUACAGGAACGAUUUGAGUUUCGGGGUUUCUACUCUUAACUUAUACAUGACGUUCGGUGGAACAAACUGGGGCAACCUUGGACACCCCGGAGGAUAUACAUCCUACGAUUACGGCUCACCUAUAACUGAAACGCGAAAUGUGACACGAGAGAAGUACAGCGACAUAAAGCUCCUCAGCAACUUUGUCAAAGUAUCCCCAGCCUAUCUCACCGCUACUCCCGGAAACCUGAGUACCGGUGUCUACACGGACACCUCGGACCUAGCUGUUACCCCUUUAAUUGGUGAUCGUCCUGGCUCGUUCUUCGUGGUUAGACAUACGGACUAUUCCAGUCAAGAGUCAACUUCGUACAAGCUUAGACUUCCUACCAGUGCUGGUAACCUGACUAUUCCCCAGCUGGAUGGUACUUUAAGUCUUAACGGACGUGACUCUAAGAUUCAUGUUGUUGACUAUAAUGUGUCUGGAACGAACAUUAUCUAUUCGACAGCUGAAGUCUUCACCUGGAAGAAGUUUGACGAUAAAAAGGUCCUGGUCUUAUACGGCGGGCCAAAGGAACACCAUGAACUGGCCAUUGCCUCCAAGUCUAAUGCAACUAUUAUUGAAGGUUCGGACUCUGGGAUCGUCUCAAAGAGGAAGGGCAGCUCUGUCAUCAUUAGCUGGGAUGUCUCAUCUACUCGUCGCAUUGUUCAAGUCGGUGACUUGAGAGUGGUCCUGCUUGAUAGGAACUCUGCUUACAACUACUGGGUCCCCGAGCUUCCAACGGAAGGUACUUCUCCCGGUUUCAACACGGCGAAGACGACCGCCUCAUCCAUUAUUGUGAAGGCCGGUUAUCUUCUGCGAGGCGCUCACCUGGAUGGUGCCAACCUCCAUCUGACUGCCGAUUUCAAUGCCACCACCCCGAUUGAAGUGAUCGGUGCUCCGGCAAGCGCUAAGAACCUGUUCGUGAAUGGCGAAAAGGCUAGCCACACCGUUGACAAGAACGGCAUCUGGAGUAGUGAGGUCAAGUACGCAGCUCCAGAUAUCACGCUUCCUAGUUUGAAGGAUCUGGACUGGAAAUAUCUGGACACACUUCCCGAGAUCAAGUCUUCCUAUGACGACUCUGCUUGGGUUUCUGCGGAUCUUCCAACAACGAAGAACACCCACCGUCCUCUUGACACACCAACAUCUCUAUACUCUUCUGACUAUGGCUUCCACACUGGCUACCUGAUCUACAGGGGCCACUUCAUUGCCAACGGCAAAGAAAGCGAAUUUGUCAUCCGCACACAGGGUGGUAGCGCAUUUGGCAGCUCCGUAUGGCUGAACGAGACCUAUCUAGGCUCUUGGGCUGGUGCCGAUUAUGCUAUGGACGGUAACUCUACCUUCAAGCUGUCUCAGCUGGAGUCCGGCAAGAACUACGUUAUCACCGUUGUUAUUGACAACUUGGGUCUCGACGAGAACUGGACCGUCGGCGAGGAAACCAUGAAGAACCCUCGUGGUAUUCUUAGCUACAAACUGAGCGGACAGGAUGCCAGCGCAAUCACCUGGAAGCUCACUGGUAACCUCGGAGGAGAAGACUACCAGGAUAAGGUCAGAGGGCCUCUGAACGAAGGUGGACUGUACGCAGAGCGCCAGGGCUUCCAUCAGCCUCAGCCUCCAAGCGACUCCUGGGAGUCGGGCAGUCCCCUUGAAGGUCUGUCGAAGCCAGGUAUCGGAUUCUACACUGCCCAACUCGACCUCGAUAUCCCGAAGGGCUGGGAUGUGCCGCUGUACUUCAACUUUGGCAACAACACCCAGGCGGUUCGGGCACAGCUGUACGUGAACGGUUAUCAGUAUGGCAAGUACACUGGCAACGUUGGGCCACAGACUAGCUUCCCUGUUCCCGAAGGUAUCCUGAACUACCGCGGAACCAAUUAUUUGGCACUGAGUCUUUGGGCCUUGGAGUCGGAUGGCGCUAAGCUGGGUAGCUUCGAACUGUCCUACACCACCCCUGUGCUGACUGGAUACGGGGAUGUUGAGUCACCCGAGCAGCCCAAGUAUGAGCAGCGGAAGGGAGCAUACUAAUCUUAAUUCUAAGAUAGUGGCUGUGAGUGAUUAAGGAACAGAGUUUUAGUUAUGCAGACCGCUUAUAUGGCUGCAAUUGCAAUGGGAUACCAUACUCUUUAAGUCUUUGAGGCUCGAAUCCACCUAGUAAUCGCUUCGUAAACUUUCUGGUCAGAGAGUUUUAUUUCUGUUGUAACCUUAGUAGCCGCAAGAAUUAAAGGAAAUACAGUUGGACCUACCAUAGCUUGAGGCAAUCAAUAUGUAAGCUAGUAGGGCUCAGAGUAAGCCCGGCUCUACAAUUAUACUUGCAAUUCGGGCAAGGUACUGUUCAGCUGUUUAAAGCCCACAGGGGAAGUCCAUAUUGCCCUAUGCCCUUUAGUAUUUACUUAUCAGUAUGAUCUCUCCC